AUGUCAGGCACAGGCCAGUCCCACGAAGUCGAGCCACGCUGGACCGCCGUAGAUCAUUACUCCCUCUCUCACCUCCACUCCAUGUCCCAAACAACUCCAUCCAACAACGUCCUCGAGCAUGCGCUUGCGAACUCCAAGGAACAAGGCUUACCUGAUAUCGCGGUCUCUCGUUCUCAGGGCAAGUAUUUGAAACUUCAAGCACAGCUGCUGCGCGCGAAGCACGUUUUGGAGGUCGGCACCCUGGGCGGGUACUCCACCAUUUGGCUCGCCUCUGCGUCCCCGGAUGUAAGAGUCACAACGGUGGAAGUAGAUGCGCACCACGCGGAGGUCGCGAAGGCGAAUUUGGCACAGGCGGGAGUUGCAGAAAGGGUAGACGUCCUCCUGGGUGCGGGCAUCGAUGUGCUCCCGCUGCUUGCGGAGGAGGUGAGGCAGGCAAAACGGGAGAAGUUUCAAUUGGUCUUUAUCGACGCGGAUAAAGUGAACAACUGGAAAUACGUCGAUGCUGCGGUGGGCAUGUCUGAGGCCGGUGCGUGUAUCAUAGUUGAUAAUGUGGUAAGGAAGGGGAAACUAGCAGAGGACGUGGAGGAUACGAAUGUGCAGGGGGCGAGGAAGGUUGUUGAGAAUGUGGGUAAGGAUCCGAGGUUGGACGGUGUGGUGGUGCAGACGGUGGGCGAGAAGAACUAUGAUGGGUUUUUGUUCACAAUUGUGAAAUAG